AUGAAAUUAUCGUUUAUUUUCGAGCUCUUGUUGAUAUUCGUUUUAAUUGCUUUUGCAGCUUCUGCCGCAGUUAUAGAAUCAUCCAGUCACCGUAGAAGAUCUCGUAAAACUUCGGUAAAGAAGCAUAAUAAAGUCGGCUACAAAAGACAAGAUUCUGCAACCAAUUCAGUAAAUAGGUUUUGUAGUUGCAGUGCACAAACAUGCAACUGUUGCAGAGACUUCAAUAUACCUGUAGUACCCCUUAAAGGUCCUGGUUGUGCAUCGCUUCAGUACUUGAAAGGGGACAAACUCGCCAUUUCUAUGCGUUUCGGUGAUAGAGUUCUCACCAACACCACUAUAUCAGGAAGGAAACCGCAACCUGUGUGUAUGCCUUUACCUGGAGGCGUCUCAAAAUUCUGUGGCCGCGUCUAUAAUAUCGGACGUAAGGAUAAUGAGUUCAAUGCCUGUUUGGGACUUGAACUGAGAGCAUUAAACGAAGUUGAAGCCGCUCUGCGAGUCUCGUGCUUCCGUUUUGGCCCAAAAGGCCUUAGGGUGGAACCACCCCAACCACUACCCGUUUUAGAAGAAGAUGACGAUGAUAAUGACGAUGACGACGACGACGACGACGAUGAUGACGAUGACGAUGACGACUUCGACUAUGACGAUACAGAUUCAGAUUAUGAGUCUUUUAGCGUGUUGGACGAUGAUUUUAUUGGAGGGUAUUUCCAAGAUGACGACUCUGAGCCCAGCAGUGACAAGAAAAAAGUCACCACCACCACCAAAACGCCAUUGAGGAGGGUAACAAGGAAACCCGUCGUCAAGCAACAAAAGAAACCACUAAGGAAAGUGACGCCUAAGCCUGUGAAAGCUACCACUACACUGAAAAACAAGUUGAUUAAAAACAGUUCAAGUAGUACAGAAAUGCCGUCAACUGAGGCAAUGCCUGUGGCUGCGGCGAUUAAUGAAGUAAUGCCCUCAAAUUCUAGCAUUGUAGAAGCCGUGAAAGACAGCGAAAUGGGUGGAUAUGCGACAGUCUCUUCGGAAAAUGACGUCACGGAAAGUUCUUCGCAGUCUACUAUCAAACUUGAAACCACUACCAUCUUACAAACCACAACAAGUUCUAAUACUAAAGACGAAGACGAUGACGACGAUGAUGACGACGACUCAGAUGAAAGUAGUGAAGAAGAUGAAGAUGAUGAGGAUGAUCCCAUUGCAGAUGCUGUUGGGGAUGCUUUAGAUGACGAUGAGUCGACUGAGAAAUCGAAAAAACCAGUUGUGAAGACUACAAAUGAGCAGCAUAAAGAAGAAUCCAAGGAAGUGUUGGAUGAUAUCAUGGAUAGUGUAGUUGAUACCAUUACUGGAGAGGAAAGUAGGACACUAGUUAAAGAUGCAGAAAGUAAAACCAAUACACGGCAACAUAGAUAGAUUUUAGAUGACAAUUUUUUUUUGCUAACUUGAUCCUAUUACUCCAAUUACGGUGGAAAUCAUUAUUUUUGUAUUUUUUUUUUAAUUAUUUUC